AUGAUACUAAAUUUAACUCCAUUUGAUAUUGACUAUGAAGAAGUCACCAGUAAUAUAGGAACAAUGAUUUGUAAGAAUAAGUUACAAAACUUGGGUCCAGAAGCUGAAGAAUUCUUAAAAGUGAUUAAAUCAUUUGAACAAAAUCAUUUAAAUUCAACUUCAAGUACAAUGUUGGUGAAGAAUCAUAAUAAAUCUUCACCAAUCAGUAAUGAUAUGAAAAAUGAAGGAAUUAUACAUAGACAAUUUCAAUCAUUAAAAUGUAAACUGUGUAGAAGGGAAUGUAUUGUUGUUUAUGUUUCAAUUUUUGAUAAUAAUACUUAUCGAGUUAAAGUUGAUACAAGAUCAAAUGCUAAAAAUCUAUGUCAAAGUUUGGAAAGUAAUAAGGAAAAUGAAGUUAUAGAGUUAAACGAAAUCAUAGAGACAAAGGAAAAGGAAAAAGAACCAGAAAAGGAAAAAGUAAAUGAAAAUGAAAAGUUAUCGGAAAAGGACUUGGAAAAGGAAAAGAAAUUGGAAAGGCAAAAAGCUUUAAAAGCUUUAAAAGAUGAUGAAUCUAUCACAAAUAAAAUAAAAUAUUGUAAACCAAUUGCUGAAGAAAUUGUGAAUGGUAUUAUUCAUGCUUUUGGUCAAAAUCCAGAUAAAGAUUUUAAAGAAUUGAGGGUUAAUCUUGCAUUAAAUGAAUUGUUAAAUUUUUAUGAUUCAAUUAAAGCUGAACAACGUAAAAAAGCUUUAGAUAAAGAUAAACAAGAUCAAGUUUUAAAGAAAAGAACUAAAACAUCAAGUGAACAAAAUGAAGAAUCUAAUGAUGAUUCAAAUAAAAGAAUAAAAAUUGAAGAAGAUUUUAUAAUUCCAGAUAAUUAG